AUGGUCGCAGCAUUGGAAUCAAUCCUCGGCCAGAUUGGCGAGACAGACGAAACGAAGAACCUCAUUCGACACCAGGUGUCCUCCCUCCUCAUGGCUCAUAGGCAGCGUUACGUGCUUUCCAAGGUCGAGCGCGAUGCACUUAAGGAACUCAGAGGCAACAACGACCACGUUAUCGUGCCUGCGGACAAAGGGCGUUCAACGGUCGAAUUGGACAGGACAGACUACAAUCAAAAAGCAAACAGCUUCUUGGACGGUCGUCAGUCCUAUGUCCUAUGCGAAUCCAACCCCAAAAAAACAAUGACAUGCGAGAUUAACGCGACGCUGUUGGCAAUCGAGAACUCAGUUGCAAUAUCGCCAAUCGACCGAUGCAUGACGAUAGCGCAAGGAACGGCCCUAGCCCGAAUCUACGGUCUCCUAAAAGUUCACAAAUAG